AUGGACGAUGCGCCGGGGGCACCGACGCAGUCUUCCGGCGUCUCUGCGUCCCUUUCUUCGCUUGCUCCCACAUACCCCUCUCCUACCGCACUCUUUGACCCCGAGAAAGGCGGCGAUUUGGCGUACACCUCGGCCGCCCCCCUGUUUUCCUCUUACGACCUUCCUCAGCCUCCAGCGCCGCAGGCGACACAGUACGCCACUCGGGCGCGGCCCCUCCAGGAUGGAUGCACGCGCGGGCGAGACGGCGAGGGCGCUUCGCCUUCGCGUCCUUCCGCCGAUGUAUUUACCCCGCUAGCCGCCUUGUCGAGCCCGUAUGCGUCCAUUAGCGCGUCUCGCGGGGCAAGCGAAGCAAGCGAAGCGGCGACCAGGCCUCGCGGCGCCGGCAGUCCGCCGCAGCCGUCUGAGGCUGCUGCUUCACCUUCCGCGGCGUCUGCGGCUGCGUCGCGACCGCCUUCAGUAUCCCUCGCUUCGCUUCGCUCGUGGGGGCGGGCCGGGGCCGACCCCGCCCCAACCGCGGGUGCUGAGGAGCGCCCCGAGUUCUCGCCGUUUUUCGCGCUCUGCCCUGCUGCAGCGACGAUGGCGAGCGGCUGCACUUUGACGCAAGGCGGCGCCGCCCUAGGCUGCCGGCCGAGCGGCGAAGAUUUUCCUUUGCGGUUCGUCCCGCUCCUCCAGGCAGAACCCUUUCGAGGCGGCGUCGAGGAGGCAUUCCCGUUGGAUCCCAGCGCGUCGGUGGCGUCCUUGUGCCCGCUCGCGCUUGAUCCGCUGUCCUUCUCGCUCUCCUCCACUCUGGGAGAGGGCGUCUUCGCAUCCGCGCUGCCGCACGACGCGUCUACCACGCCGCCUGCCUCGUCUGCCCUGCUCUCGGUGGCGACGGCGUUCGCCUCCAGGCCCUCACGGGCCUCCGCCGGCGCUGCGUCUCCGUCCUCGCGCUCGCCUGGUGGCGCGGAAGCGGCGGCGGAGGCGCUGGCAUGCGAGAAGGAGACGCUGCUGCUGCGGGCGUUCGCGGCAGAGACGCGGCGGGCCUCGCGGCGAGAAGAGCCGACCGCGUUUCGGGCGCUCGGGGCGGAGGCCGCUGCGGCCCGGAGACAGCACAGCGAACUCUUCCAGGUCUUCAGAGCGGGCCAGCGCGCCUUCGAGAGUCUUGCGGAGGGGCUGGGGCGAGGCAGGGUCGCCACGCGCGAAGCGGCCGCCGCCGCGAACUCCGACGGCGCAGAAGGCGACACGCCGGCGGGCGAGACGCAGCACGCGCAACGAGUGAAGAAGGGAGAGGAGGAGGAGGCGGGAGACGCCAUCUCAGAUACGAAGACCUCCUCUUGGCCAGAAAACGAAAAAAACGUUAUUAUGCCUCACUUGUCCGCGCGCACGAGCGCCGCCGCGCACGCAGUUCUCCGCAGUGUGCUGCGGACGCUCGCCAGAGACCUCGCGAGAGCUGAAAUCCUCGAGGCCGAGCGCGCGAAGGAGACAUCUCCGGACGAAGAAAAACGCAGAAGAGAAGCAAACAGCGCCGCCAGACAGGACCUCCACAGCCUGAGCGAUGCACCCGGAGACCCUCUAGCCUCUGCAGUUGUGUUCAAGGCGGGGAUCGGAGGGGACUCUUUGAGCGAGGGUUCAGAGGCGGUCGCCGGCGUGGCGUCGCUUCCACUCUCCGCGCCCGAGGCGUUCGAAGCGCCUCGUGGCGCGGCUCCUGGCGCGGCCGGUGCCCGCGGCGAGCACGAGGAGGAUUUUGAAGAGAACGCGGCGUUGCUGCGCUUCUUGGAGGCUGAGGAGGAAGCGGAGACAGAGGAAGUUCAGAGGCAGCUGAAGCGUGCCAUGCUCCUGCGCACCCUCCGAGACCUCCUUAGCGAACACUUCCCGCGCGCGACGCCUCCGUCGCCGCUGGGGCUCCUCACGCCCUCCUCGGGGACCCGUGCGCCAGGAGCCGCAGCCUCUGCCUCGCCCUCUGCCUCGCUGUCUGCGGCAUCUCUUGACGCCGCGCAUCAGCUGCGUGAAGAGCGCAUUCUGGCGUUGUUGCUGAGGCAGCUGGAGCGCCGCGACGACGAGCUGGCGGAUCUCCUCGUCUCUUCGAAGCCUCGCGCCGUGAAGCAACAGCUUCUGCAAGUGCUUCUCGCCGAGGUGCUCGCGGAUAUUUCGGUGCUUCACCGCCAGCAGCGCCGAUACUUCCUUCAGCCCGCGGCGGGCGCUGCUCCAUCAUCCGCUCUGGCGUCUUCGCCGUUGAUCAAGAAACUCGGGAAGACCGCCGACGCCCCCGUCGCUCCCUCGGCUGUCGCCGCGUCGCUGGGCGGGAACGGCACCUCCCAGGCGCUUGUGGAGCUGGGGGGCGGGGCGCCGGCUCCACUCCCUCCGGAGCUCGCGGGGCCCUCGCCCCUGAGCAUCCUGCAGUGUCUGGCCCGCGCCCAGCGCGCCGAAGCUGCGACCGCGGAGGGCCAGGCGGACGCGGUCGCGGCGGGGCGCGCGGCGCUCUUGCGCCUCGCCCAACUGGCGCCCCGCCUCACGACGGGCGUCUUCCUGCUGCUGCCUCACCUCUCGUACUUGCCGCGCCUGCUGCUCCUGCAGUUGCAGUUACAUACGCAGCAGGCGCAGCGCGGCGAGCUCUCCGCGGAGGCCCUCGAAGAGCGCGUCUGGAGGAGCUUCAAAGACCAAGAGGCCUUCACCAACACGCCCCUCUUUCUCUCGCUCUCGCAGCAGUUUUCUGAGGCCCUCGCGGCCGCGCGACAGGCCCUGCCUGCGGCUGCGGCCCCGGGCGCCCUCGGGGCCCCGCAGGCCCUGGGACUCUUGCCACCGGCGGGGCCUGCGAGCGCGCUCGUCGUCGCCCAAGGGGCUGGCGGCGUCGGAGCGAUGCCGCUCGCGGGUGCGCUGGGCGCAGCACGCGAAGACGGCAAGGGGGGCGCUGGGGCAGGCGCGCCGGGGGCGGGCGCAGCCAAGGCGGCGUCGGCGCCGAAAAAACCCUCGAGGAAGGGCAUGGGCAUGAGCGGCUGGGCUCUAUUUGCGAAGGAGAAGCGCGCGGAGCUGCAGCAGGAGGGCACUCUGGAGGGCGAGACACUCCCCGAGCAGACGUCCUUCGUGGCCCGCUUCUGGCACCAACUGAGCAAGGAGAAGAAGGCGGAGUGGGGCCGGCGCGCGGAGGAAUUGAAUCGGCAGGCUGGACUGCGCAUGAAGAAGGAAGAGGAGAUUCGCAAAGCCAAGGAGCGAGCCGAAGCGAAGGAAAAUUGCGCACAAGCCGAAGCUGCUGCGGCGACCGCGAGUUCUGUCGCCGCUCAGGGCGCCGCGGCGGUGACCGGGGCGCCGCAGGGCCUUCGCACGCAGGCUCCGGGAGCAGGGGCUUUCAGCGGGCUGCCUGCCGGCGCCUCCAGUGCGGUCGCGCCGCCUCUCGCGCCGUUCGCCGCACCGCUAAACGCACCGGGAGCGACCGCUGGGGGCCUGUAUGCCCUCGUCGGGACUGACGACGAACGAGGCAAGCUGCAGCUGCCUGCCUUCGUCGCAGGGUCCGGUCGUCCAGGCGCACCCGCAGCGCCUGGCGGCGUGCCUGCGACCGGGACGGCCCGCGCAGGGGGCCAGCUGGACGGGUCUCUCCCCUUUGCGAGCUGCCCAGGGGCCGCUCUGGGCUCACCGGAGGCGGCCCUGCCCCAGGGCGCCGCCUUUGCGGCGGACGGGUUGCCGUCGGGCCGCGGCCACGGGGCGCAGCUUCCCUCGGGGCCGCCGGCGGCCUCUGCUUCGCCGCUGUCGGGGCCCCACGGGGGCGCGCCGGCGCUCCAGGGGUAUCUCCAGGCGCAGUUUUCUGCUGCGCAACUGCCUCAGCAGUUUCCGUCUGCGUUCGCAGGCCAGUUUCCUGCGGGCGCGCUCUCGGGACAGGGCCCUCUGGCGCGCGCGCCGCUUGCUGACGGCGGGCUCGCGGCGCUCGGCGCGGACGCAGCGGCGAAGAAGAAGAGCCGCUCGGGCGGCGGCAAGAAGGGCGAGGGUGGGCAGUGCAAGAGCGGCCGCGGCUACACAGCCUUUACCUUCUUCGCGAAGGAGAUGCGACAGAAAUGCAAGGAGGAAGGCAUCGAGUGCGGCUCCUCCCUCAGCGAGCAAAACACCUUCAUCGGAGACAAGUGGCGGCAGGUCUCUCCGGAGGAGAAGAAGAUUUUUCAGCAGCGCGCGAAGGAGGCAAACGCGGCCUGGCGCCGCGAGCACGAAGAAAAGCUUCUCCAGGCGCAGAAGGAGCACGAACCGUUUCGAAAGCAAGAUUCGAUCAACUCCGAUGCCAGUUCCACGUUCUCUGCGUCCCUUGGCGGGGGUCAGCAGACUUCCACCUACUGCCACCCUCCGCAGGGGGGCGCGCUGGCGCUGCCAUCGAGCCUCGCGUCCUCUGCUCCCCCUGCCCCCUCUGCUGCCUCGUCUUCGACUCCGGAGGCGUCUCCGGCCUACGCCUCUGCGGGCACUUCGCCGUCCCCUUCGGCGUCUGCCCCCGCCUUGGGGUCUUCCCACCCUGCGGCGCCGGCGGGGCGCUUCGGGCCCGGCGGUGGGUUUUUCGCGCCCGACGCUUCUCUGGAGAGACGGGAGGGCGACCCCCUCGACGCCGGACGCGCGGACGCGUUUGCGCUGGCGCAAGCGUUUUCUCUGUCCUCGGCACCCGGCGUGUCGGCGUCCGCGGAGGCCCCUCCCGCGUCGCUGCAGGGCCUGGGGCCUGGCGCGUUCGCCCCAGGCCGGCGGGACGAAGGAGACACCGGCGCGCGCCAGGCGCGCGGUGCCCUGGAGCCCCCGUUCAAGAAGCCCAGAGGCGACGGCAGCGAGGCGGGUUUGCGCGCCAGGCCCGCGCCGGGGUUCGCCUCCUCAGCCUCUGCCUGCGCGCCGGAGACCUCUGGCACAGCGAGAGGAGGCGAGCGAGCGCGGGAGGACGCUGGAGGCGUGCGGAAGGCUGCCACAGACUCCGACCGGGUGAACGACUGGCGCAUGUACUACCCUUCCUCGCAGGCGCCCGCUGCUGGGGGGCGCGAGGCCCCGGGGCACGGCGUCUCGACGCCAGAGAUGUCGUGGCGGAGGCGCGAGGAGGAGGCGUAUCUCGCUCAGAAGCAGACGCCACCGUCAACGUCGGCGCCGUUUCCGUCAUCGGCGGCGUAUCCACAGCAGCAGGGCGGCCCCCCAAAGCCUGCGGCUUCUGCGCCCGGCCUGUCGGGUCUCGCCGCGUAUCCGCCGGAGGACGUCUCCUACCACCUCAAGCUCGAUUUCGAGGCAGAGACUGGAGGCGGGCGCGACGGGCAGGAGGGCGCCAGAGGCGAGUGUCUGCAAGAACGAGCCACGCCGCACUUCUUCGUCUCAGAAGGAGUGCACAGCGCGUCACCGCCGGCGUCGCUCGCGGGCAGCGAGGGCCGGAGGACGCUGAGGCCAGACCGGUGCAGACACGCGCAGGGAAAGAGACUCCGAGAGGAGCGGGAGGACGCGGCAGACGAAGAAGAAAGUGACGAGAGCGAGGAAGCCAGCAGAAGCGACGAGGCGGUCGAGAAAAACUCGGAAGCGCGACAGGGCAAAGCCGCUCGAGAGAGGCGGUCGCGCCGAGGAGAGCAAAAGAUGCAAACCGACGAAGAGAAAGAAGACGAAGAUAAAGGAGAUGACGCAGAUGAAGAGGAGGGAGACGAUGAAGAGGAAGAAGAGGAGACGACGGCAGCGCGCCCUGCGAGGCUCACGGGGCCGCGUGCGUUGCGCGAGCGAAAAAGCGUUCGACGAGAGCAAGACGAUGAUCAAGAUGAGGAGAGUUGGGAGGAAGAAAGCGAUGAAGACGCUUCGAGCGACGAGGACUUCGUGCCUGGCGCGCGCGAGCGUCGCGCCGCAGGGCCCUCGAGGCGAGCCGCCGCGAGACAGCUCUCGCCCGACUUGCUGCCGUCGCUUCCACGCCAGAGCGACUCAGACAGCCGCAGGCCGCAGCCGGCGGCCCGCGAGACGCGCGACGACCGAGUGGAGCGCGGAGGUCGGGAGGAGAGAGACAGCGUAGAAGGCGCGAGCAUAAGGGAGAGUCCGCCUGCGGCCUCCGGAAGACGAAGAGCCUCCGGGCGCGCGCGGCGACGCAGAGAAGAAGGAAAGGAGCUCGCGCAGCUGUUCAUUCCGCCAGCCGCUAUUGUUGAGAAAGAUGAAGGUCCGCUGACGCUGUGGGAUCUCGUUCAGCGCAACAAGCGCCGGCGGGCUCCGGGUUCGCAGACGAGCGGUGCCGAAGGAGACACCUCGAAGAAGGCGAGGAAGGAGCCUGGCACGGACUCUGAAAGGCCGGGCGACGCCGCCGAAGAGUCCCUUGACCUCGUGCUGGGUUCUCUCUUUUCUCCGCCGUCGUCGUCGACUGCGGCGCUGAGGCAGGAGAAGACGUCGAGCAGCGCGGACAAGAUGCUGACUGCUCUUCUCUCGCCGGCGUCUCCCGAGCAGAAGAAAGGGAGAGAGGAGGUCGAGGGCACCGCAGAGAAAGAUCUCAGCGCGCUCUUCGAGAUGCCUGCGCGAAGCUCGGCGGCCCCCGCCCUGAGGCUCGACGCCGACGGCCAGCUCGUCAUGGCUGAGGGUGGAGGCGAAGAGAUCGAUCAGCACGCAUGCACAUGCGGCGCCAGUCUGGGCCUGUUCGACGGCAUCGGCGGCCAGGCUGCGCCGUGUGUGUGUCUCUUCAACGGUCGGAGGCGUCUUGUGGAGGAGGGCGGCGCGGGGGGCGUCAACAGUCUCUCCCUGCAGCCCUACGCAGGCGCCUACAAGAGUACGAAAGGGAAAAAGUGGACUCCAGAGGAAACGCAGAGGUUCUACGCCGCGUUGGAGCAGUACGGGACUGACCUCCUCCUCGUGCGCACGCUGCUUCCGCAUGUGACCGACAAACAGCUGAAGCUGAAACUAAAAAUAGAAGAAAGGCGCUACCCCGAGAAAGUCGAGGCUGCGCUGAAUCGGCGGCGUCAACUGACCAUCGAGGCUUAUGAAGACAUGCACGGUAAAAUUAACGCGGCGCUGCACUACAACCGCGCGCUUGGGUCUUCCUCGUCGGAAGAAAGCGAGGACGAGGGCGACUCCGCGCGCCCGAAGCGUCUCGCUGACUCAGCUCUAAAGGCCCUUCCGCCACCUCCCUCAGUCCCGCCCCACCAGAGCGCUUCCUCCUUACCGUCGCUGCUGUCGCUCCUCGCCAACGCCUCUACUGCCGCGGAAGGCGCGGGCGGCGCGCAGGUCGACGAGACGCUUUUUGCUCUUCCACAGGACGGAGGCGUCAGAGCUGGCGGCCGAGAAGAAGAUGACCUCCUCGCGCUCUUUGGCUAG